CCGUCGCAGUCUAAUAUGCAGGAGACGUCCACAUUGGCAUUUAGUCACAGUCUAGUCAUAUUAUCCGUCUCGUGUGAGAUUAGCUUACCACUCUGGUUUCUUCUUCCCAGCACGAGAGCCCGACCAUAGCCAUGGACAGCCAUCAGCUCUUUCUCCACGCUGCUGCUACCGGUGACGUAGCCUCCCUGGAACAGGAAUAUGCGAAGAACAAGACAGUCAUCGCCAGCAAAGACUCCACUAAUCGGACAGCUCUCCACUUGGCUGUCCUCAACGGUCACUUGAACGCUGUCGAACGGCUGCUGGACUACGGCAUUGCUUGGUGCUUGAAGGAUAAUCAGGGUCAGACAGCAUUGCACCUUGCAGCGCAGCUAUCAUCUGCCACCAUUGCCGAAAUACUCCUUGAGAGAGGCGCGAAUUGCUGCACUCAAGACCACGACGGGAAAGCGCCCAUCUUUUACGCCUACCGAAAUUAUUCCCCCGAUGUCGUGAGCUGUUUUCUGAAAUAUGUCGAAUCGUCCUGUGGCACGGACAAGAAUUGCAGCCUUACGCCACAGAUCAUUCUCGGUGGUGGCUGCCGCAAAUGGACUCCCCUGCACUCUUGAUUAGGCUGCACGGCCCCUGAAGAGAGCGCGCCGGCCUGCACGGCGUAAGGCUUGAAAACGUUUACUCUUCCUUUGCCACUCAAAUUGGACAAAUUUCUCGAGAACACGGAU